AUGAGGGCAGAAUCAUAUCCCGAACUCGAAAUAUCGAGACGGCAGGCAUUUCAAUUUUGUUGCCAAAGGCAGUUGUCAUGUGGCACGUGCCCAUUGCUCUGUCCGAGAAGCUGCAUCUUGCAGGGCAAGAAGAAGGACAGGCAGUACCAUCGCACACAGGUCGAGGACAACCAGCCUGAUGGCGACGAUGAAGAGGCUCCAGUCGAUCAUACUCAAUCGGGCAAGUUUGAUGAUGCACCCAAGGAGAAGAUCUUCAUGGAAAGGCCAGGGAUCCCGAUGCCUCCCGUUCCUCGCUUUCGCCUCUACCUUUGCAUCCGAUGGAUGGUGCUGACCGCAAUAGUGCUCGGCCUACUCCACGUGCUGGGAAGGUGGAUGACGGAACAGGCUGUCUAUGAGAUCGAGACGGUGUCGGAGAUAGUGCUUGACGUCGACAACUGUGACGUUGAGAUGUUGUCUCUGCCGGAGAGCUUGCCGAAGAGCGUGGUGACAGUGCAGUAUUGGAAGUUCAUGAACCAGAUCCAUGGCGUCGACCGCAAAGACCUGUCUGACGGUGGAGAGAAGCUGACUGUGAGCCUUGACAUGCGGGUCAAAAUCCCAAUGUUCCGGUGCCUCGUCACUAUCUUCGCGCCCAAGGGCCAUCUGGAUCGCCUUUCCGGGCACGUUGGCGGCAGCGAACAUUGCCGGAUGAUCAUGUCGGAAGCCUUGGCCCAGGAGGUGAAUCUGACUUCGCAGCAGGUCUCCGUCCAAGUGGCAGCCCUGCCGAAGAAGUUCACACUGUCCAGUACGCACGGCAUGGUGGCCUUUCAUCCCAGCGAGGUCAAGGAGGAUUGGGAGGUCGACCUGCAGGCCAGCAGCGUGAACGUCUUCGCCCAGAUCCCCUCUGACAUGUCGGUGAAGUUGAACGGUCAUGCCAAGGAGAAUUCGGUGCUCUGUGGUGAUGCUGUCUCGACGACCGGUGCUGGGUACGAGAUGACGUACAAGGGCGCCUCUGCAGGCGUGAAGGGCAAGUUCUCUCUUAACGUCCUUAAGGAGGCGGCUGGAUAUGUGCAGGCGGGGCUGGACUCGUCAGCCUCGGGCCUGGAGGUUGUCCGUGGGAGCUCCCAAGAGAAGCCGGAGCUCUUCAACCACUCUGCCGUGCAGCUGGAGGAGCUUUCGGAGUGGAUGAAGCUCCGGGCACAAGGUGCUGCGCCCUGGGUCGCUCGCGUGCACGUGAACGGCCCGCAGCUUCCCAGGGGAAGCUGGGAAGUCCUUUCCUCGGAAGCUUUCCUCACGGUUCCGCUGCAGUGGUACGUGCUGCUCUCUGCUGGCACGCUGCGGCCAAUCGUGAAAGAGGUUCACAUUCACCCAAUGGGCUUGGGAGCAUGGCCCCUUGAGGAGCUCGAAGAGAUCCACAACCGAACCAAGCGGCGGUUGGUGCCAGUCCUGGACAAAGAGUUCCAGCUCCUGCUGCCCUACUUUCAAAAGGCAGAAGCACCGGAUGCCACGGUGGCCUGGGUUCCCCACCACGGCCGGCCUUUGGUCAUGACCAAGGCCACCAACGGCUGGGCGGCCUCCGUCCUAAGCCUCACCCAGGUCAAUGUACUCAUGUUCCUCAUUGCUGUUGCCUUCAAUAUUGUUGUUGCCUUCACAGUGUCCGCCGCUUUUCUUAUGUGGCUGCAGAACAAUGCAGAAGCGCAGCAGGAGAUCAUGGACGAGGCCGUCACGACGGCCUCCUCGCAUCGAGUGGGAAAGAUUGGCAGCGGCAAGAUCAACACCAGCUGGCGAGUGAUCGCUACACACGUGGAGCAGCCGGAUCAAGGAGUCAUUCUGCGCUGGCGCAAGCGGACUGGGGUGCAGCAAUCCGUUUUCUUAUGCGUGAAGGCCAAAGCAGACCCGGAUCCCUCACGUGGCCUGGAGGGUGAUGAGAUCUGCAUCGAUAUGGCGAACCAAGAGCGUGUUGACAUGAAGAGCGAGAGCAACAUCAUUGUCGAGUUCUUCUUUUCUGCCUCAGGCAGCAAGGGCUACCCUGCAAACGCCGGCUACGAACCCACCGGAAAGGAUCUAAAGUGCCAGUACAACUAUCGCUUCCAGAUCGAGGGCUACAACCACAACCAGGAGCAUGUGGCGACCUCAGACUGGUCCAACGAGGUGUACAUCAAGCCCAGGAGCACGGUCUUUGACGUGCCCUUGCGCAUUCUCAAGUCGAAUUUUGCCGUCCCAACCAACUCUUUGGAGUACUUUGUGGAGCAUUUCGCGGAGUUCAACAUUCACGGCAAGCAUCCACAGCAGUUGGUGAUAUUGAGUAAAAUCAAGGUCUGCUACCACAAGAACUGGAAUGACUUCCGAGACUGCAAGUCAGACUUUCGCCUCACCGCCUACAUGGGCGAGAGCAGUGUGAAAUGCGAGAAGGACACGAGGUCGGGCACUGUCCGGAACUUUGACACAACCGGACUCUUUCAACCGCUGGACGUGGGCAUGGAUAUUGACGACGACGAGGAAGCCCGCACCCAGGAACUCGAUGAUGCGAUCAUCGGACCCAACCAGUCGCUAGAGCUGGGUGCAGCAGAUCGAAGGCUUACGGAUGUUUUCAUUACGCUGCGAAAGUCCUCCGGGGAAGACGUCGCUGAAGGUAAGCUGGACUGGUGGGACCUCGUCGAGGCUUUCGAGCAAGAUGAGGACCAGCAGAUAUUCGUGGAGCUCGUCACGGACAAGGUUGAAGGCGAGUUUGACGAGGAAUGGCUUGUUUGGGUGGAGGCCGAAGUCACUUUCCGAAAUGAGCUGGAUCCCGAGUGUGAGCAGAUGCCUUUCAAGGACCGCUUCUUCCAGUCGGACCCACCCGGAGAGAUCUACUACGAGGGAAUGGAGCGCUUCGUCGCUUGGGAUCCGACAAGUGAAGCCUUUGCUGACAUCAAGGAUUUCGACAUUUACAUGAGUUAUCCGGAUGAUGAUCUGGAUCCUGUGUUGCUGGUCGAGAAGGCACAGGUCUCGAACGGCGGGGCUUCGAUCAUGAUUACCUUCCCAGCAGGCAUCUCUGCCAACUACGUGGUUUGCCAGAUGGGCGUGGAGGCCUUCAACCAAGACGGGGAGGUGACCUACGCGAGGAGCACUCUGGAUGAGCAGAUGCCGAUGAGAUCGCAUCGCUUCAUCAUCUGCCGCACAUGGAACCUAGCGGAGUUCGAACUUAUGUACGCGUCAUUCUGCCGAAUGAACAACAUGGAGAUGGAGCGGGUCACGGAGGAUGCUCUGGCAGGCUACGGAAUGGUGGUGGCACGGGAGCAGCUCAAGGUGGUGCACGGCCUCCGGCAAUCUUUGGUGUUUGAAGAGGCUCUGGAGGAGGAUCGGGUGCUGGACUGCCCGGGGCUGAUCAUGAUCAGCGAGAAGAACAUCAUCGCAAAGCAUCCCAGCACCCUCACGGGCGAGGCCAUCAUGGCGGGCUCCGAUGCUGGGGGAAGUAUCCUCCGUACCAUGUCCUCUGGCAAGUCACCAUUGCUCGGCGGAUCCAGCUCUGGCGGCGGACGCACUGGUGCCCGGGCGGGGCCGAUCGUCAUCAAACCGCGGGAGUAUCGGGCGACCUUCCAGACCGUUGGCUUCUUGGAGAAUGCCUGGCCUCGCUACCCCAGUGUUUUCGACAUCGGCUACGGAACUGGCUGGAUGCCCAGCUUCUUGCUGCUGAACUCCUUCUACCCCGUGGACAACAUCAUCAAUGCCUUUGCGCAAGGUGCCGAAACAUUGCAGCUUCAGGUGGCCUACCAGACAGUGCAGGUUUUGGGAGGAAAGCGAGUUGCAGACAACUUCCUGGGCUUCUUGCAAGCCCCGUUGUAUGGUCUGGUUCCAUACUGUUGUGAAGGCUUCCUGUACUUGCUUCAGAUGGCAUCAUUUCUCCUCCUUCCGUUCCUGCUUCUGGUUUUUGGCCUUUGCUACGAGCUGGUCGGCAUGUUCUUCGCAACUAACCCCGAGGAGUACGAUGUCGUCCUGCGGUCGAAGUCCCACAUUCCUGACAUGACCUUCUCUGGUGUGGUUUCAGGCCACACGCUCGAGGAUUGGCUGGGCGGCCUCACUUCUGUGUCUUACGUCGCACUGCUGGGCAGCGCGGGAACCGCCGCCCUCAUGCUCCUCUUGAUCUGCGAGUCCAACUUCUUGAGGAACUUGCCGCCCUUCGACUUCCAACAUUCCGUUCACCGUCUCAUCAACGCGCUGGGCAACAUCAUUGUGACCACGUACUUGUGGGCAAUACUGUCCUUCGUGAUCUCCAGCGUCCUGUGGUUCGCCAUGGUCGUGGUCAUCUACCCAGAGCAGAUGCUUACGGCGCUUGCCUGCGCGGGCGGUCUUGCGGCCGUGUUUGCUACCAUGAUUUCUGGCUUGAAGACGACGAAGGAUGAGCUGGAGCGGUCCCUGCGAGAGGAAAUCCCCGAGGUCUUGGAGCUGGCCUGCGCCACUUUCCUGGAUCAGUACGACAAAACCUCGUCUGGACGUUCCAAGGCGGUGAGUGCCCAGUUCCGAAAGCUGGAAGAGUCCCUGGCAGAGAACUCCUACAGAUACGUGCGGACACGCCUGAGCCAGAACAAGGACGUCCAGGAAAUCAUCGAUGUCAGGAACAAGAAGCCGCCGAAGGAGGUAUUGGGGAGUUUGUUCAACCGGGCCCUGGUCAAGGAGAAGAAUUGGGCGGCCAUCACGGCCAGCGAGAAUGGUGAUGGUUCUGCAGUCGAGACGACUGAGACAGUUCUCGAGUCUUUAGGCCUGCCGCAGGAAGAUACGAGUGUCAUGCCCUAUCUGGAUCUGCGGAUGCGCUUGGAAGACAAGGAGCGUGAGGAGGGUGGCGAGAACAUCCAUACCUACGGUUCAGAUCUGCAGGAGAAGCUGAUGAAGGUCUACGUGCGCAUGCAGGAGCGGCACAUGGACGUGGCUCCAGAUGUGGACGAUGCUCUUCGCAACCCAAAGAGGUUGGCAAUCUGCAUGUCCCGAGCCAACGGUGCAAAGUUCAAGGCCCUGGAGCGCAUCAGCGAGGGCAAGGACGCCCGAUCUUCGCUCCAGAUCUGCAUCCAGGACCUCAACCAACAGCAAGUAGACAAAGUCUAUGUGCGGAUGGUGGAGCAUCUCGAUGAGUCGCUGAGCCAGGUGGACAUUCAGGAGAAGGUAACGCCCUUCGUCGAGACAACGAUUCCGGCAGAGAUUGAGAAGCAGGUUCGCUUUGUGUUGGACGAGCAGCGCCCGAAGAGCUCUGCACAGCGGCUCUUCGACACUAUCCGGCGAAAGAAGAACAGCAUCAAGAGAGCCGAGGUGAGACAGCGACUGACGCUGCGGAAAGCAUACGAGCCGGAGGGAUUGAUGGCUUUCUUGGAAGAUGUUGGCCUUAUCGACAAGAGCGCAGGAAGGAAGAAGGCCAUGCACUACAUCUCCUUCUACAAUCGUGUCGAGCGGGGUGUCCAUAGCUGGAGACGGGAGGAUGAUGAUGGCCUUGAGUCCAAGGAUUUGGUCCUUGACCCCGCAGAUGUGGAAGACUUUGUCCGUGAGCUGGUUCAUGGCCAUAUCUGGUGGGGUGCAAUGGAAGAGGUGCUCAAGAAUAUCGGCUUCCCGAUGGCUUCAGAACUGCUCAAACGCGAGACCAAUCUUCUCACACGUGAGCAGGUCAUGUACCAGUUUGAGAUUGCGGCGGCCAAGGACGGCAUGCUGGCGAAGGACAAGUUUCUGGAUUUCUUACGCAAGGUGUCCUGUGCCGAUGUGGCCGACGGAGCAGCAGGGCGCAUUUGGAAGGCUCAGAUGGUGAUGAUGUUGCAGCAUCUCAACAUCUGUGGCUUCGUGGGGAAGUCGCUUGACAAGGGCCAGGACGCGGACGUCGCUGAUGAUGGGCUUCGGGAGAUGAGCAGGCAGCGCUGGCCGAACUGGCUUGAGAAGGCCUGGGAGGGCGUGGCGCCCAAGCUCUCGGAAGGCAGCGAUGCCAGGCCAUUUCUGCCCCGCACCCUAAUCUACACCUUCGUCAAGUCCGUGGCCUUCUCCCGGGAAGAGAAGAGUCGCACCAUGGGCGAAGAAUGGAAGGCAAUGAAGGUUGUGGAUGAGGAGUACGACACGUGGAAGCUGCAGAAGGACGAGGGUGAUUCAAAGAGAUAUUACGUCUGGGUCAACCGUGGAAAGAGCUUGCAACGGCUACGAGGCAUCUGGCACGAAGUCUUCCUUGACAUCUUGGCCAAGAUGGGAAGCCCAGUGCAGGACGUGAAACAAGGGCUGCUGCUGUUCGAGGACGCGUUGCGGGAGCAGGGUCGGGCCACCGAUGAGUUCGAUGGCCUCUUGUCUGUGGACUUCAUGGUAAACCACUGGAUGCAAAAGAAGCUCGUGGAGAAUACCGACGAAGUGUCGCUGCAGAUCUUCAAGGACGCUCUGGAGAAGGCAGAGUUUACACUGCCCACGUCCUCGGUGGAAGCACUCUGGUAUGCUGCGGACAAGACCAAGUGCACCCACCCCUCCUUGCGGCAGGUCAGGGACCUCGAAGAUCGGCUGGUGAUGUACAUGUCCAGCGGAAUGUUUUUCGAGUCCGUGCGCACGCUCAUCACCAAUGAGCUGCAGGUUCCCACCUUGCAUGGGUUGGACGCCAAGGAGAUCAAGGCAGCCUUCAAGCAGGUCGAUGAGAAGACCGGUUGCUGCGGCAUUAUCGACCCUCAUGAGGUUUGCGAGCUGCUAUUGCUGCUGUCCCAAGAAGGGAUGGACCUGCAAACGGUCCAAGCAUCCUUUCAGCAGCUCCAUAUGAAUCUUGAUCCUGAUGCCAUCCAAGAUGCCUUCAUGAUUGUGGACACGAACUGUGACGACAAGAUCGACCUGACAGAGUUCCUCAGCCUCAUCGACAAGCUCGUGGACCAGGUCAUUCCAGAGUCGAUCUUCGAGUACAUGGGCCUCUUGCGGCAUCAGAUCCUGUCCAAUGUCGUCAUGAAAGUGACCACGAUCUUGACCAUGUUCCUGUUUGUCUUCGUGUCCCUGAACGCCUUCCACGUGAAUGUGGGGCAGAAGGCGACCACUGCAGGCUCCUCCAUGAUCCGAGCAGCUCUCGCAGGUCUGGCUCUGCUCGGCCUCCGCAAUGACAACUCCCCGGAGUACAUGGAGAAGCAGUACAACAUCGCCAGGGAGCAGCUCUACCGGAUCACGGGGGUCUCGCGCUCCCAGCUCGAAGCGCGCCGGCGCGGGGCGGCCGGGGGUGGCCUCGGCCUAGGCAUCGGCAUGUCCUUCGCGAAGGGACGCGCCAGGCGUGGCGGCGGCGGUGGCAGCAUGUUCAACAAGGACGAGGAGGAAGAGGAUGUCGACGGUGGCGACAUGUGA